AUGCAUGCGAUGAAGCCGACCGUCUCGGGAAGUGUUCUGACACUCCCGCGUGUGAGACGGGAACUUCCGGGCCCCACGGCGCCACUCAGAGGCGCUUCUCGGCACAUCAAACACUCAAACUGUUCAAAUUUUAUCACUAAAGGCCUACGUGUCCCUCCCGUCCCCUCUGCACUGCUUUCCGUCUCGUCGCGAGCAGCGAAGCACAGCCAAGAUGAAGAUGUCUCCAGCUGGGUUCUUCGAGAAACGCGCGUCUCUGCUGGCUGGGACGCUCUGGCACACGGCAGGAAUCCUGAAAAUGGAAACGCUUUCUCUCGCCUCGCUCUUUCCGCUUCUUGCGCUUUCUCCCCUCGCUCGGCGUCUCUCGAGGCUUUUUCUCGCGUGAGGAACGCGCUCAGCGCGAGUAGCGCCGCCGUCUCGCGACCUUUCUCAACGGCUUCCAGUCCCCUGCUCUCUCUUCCUGGCGCUUCUGUGCGCAGGCCGUAUGCGCCUCGCCAGAAGAGUGUAUUUCCACAGCCGCUGCCAUGCGUGCAUCUCCCGAUCGCUGUCCACACGGAAGCAGCCAAAGGAUUCUCUGGCAAGGCCGCCUCGCAGUCGCUGCGGGUCUCGCAUCCAUCGUCCUCGGCCUCGCGACUUUCCUGCGCUUCUCCAGCCACGCUGGCCUCUUCCCACUCGCAGACUGGUCGAUCGCCUUUUUUUCUCUCUCCUUUUUCCACCGCACCUUCUUCUUCUCCUUCGCCUUCCUCUCCUUCUUCUCCUUCUCCUUGUCCUUGUCCUUCUUCUCCUUCUCCUUCCUCUCCUUCUUCUCCUUCCUCUCCUUCUUCUCCUUCCUCUCCUGCUUCGACUCUGGCUGUCUCGCCAUCGAGUUCCAUCGCGGAUUCGCCCGCCCUGCGAUACCCCUGGGUGCGCCGCAUCGUGCCGGACUCUGUGUUUCCGCGCGUAGCUGCCUUCCUGGACCUCUCACGUUUCCACGCCCCCAUCGGCUCUUGGCUGCUCUUCUGGCCUUGCGCGCACAGCGCUGCGCUGGCCGCGCCUGCGUCCGUUCUCUCGCCGACGUAUCCGCAGGCAGCGGCGGCUUAUAUUCGGGCGCGCGAGGACGGCACGACGCUCUACCAGGUGCUGCACGCAGGCGCGCAUCCCGCGGCAGACGAAACCGCCGCACGGACUGCGUCCGAAGCGGCGCAGACGGGCCAGGCUGCGGACGCUGUUUCGGCCGCAGCGUUGUCUGUCACCGAGCGCGAAGGCUCUUCAGUUGCGAGGCUUCUGCCGGGAGAGACAAACGACCAGGAUCUGAGCGAGAUCGCAAACUGCCUCGCCGCGCUCGUCCCCGUCGAGGCCGUCUGGCUGGACACAGCCAAGUGGAUUGGCCUGUGUGGGGUGGGCGCUGUUCUCAUGCGCUCAGCAGGUUGCAUUAUCAACGAUUUACUCGACCGGAAGUUGGACGCGCGCGUCGAGAGGACGCAGAAUCGCCCGUUGGCCAGCGGCCGGCUGUCUCCGCGAGCGGCGCUCGCUUCGCUGUCUGUACACUUGGGGCUCUCGCUGGGGCUGUUGCUCCUCUUUAACCCGCCCACAGUUGUGACGGCUCUAUGUUCCGUCGGUUUGGUUGCGGUGUAUCCUCUGAUGAAGCGCGUUACGCACUGGCCGCAGCUGGUGUUGGGGCUGACGUUUAACUGGGGCUCUCUCGUCGGAUGGACGGCGGUGAUGGGGCGUUUCCUCUUGCCAGAAUCGGCGUCUCUUCCGGCACCAGACGCGGCGCCUUCGCUCGCCGCCCUCUCCGCGGGCACCGCCGAGCCUGUGAAGCCUGCAACUCCCUGGAUCGCCAGCGGCGCCGGUUCGCUGGGCGUGGCCUUUGCUUCAGGGCUCGAUUCAACCCUCUUCCCGCUGGGGCUAACUCCCUUCCUGUUGUACUUCUCGGGCAUCUUCUGGACGCUCACCUACGACACCAUCUACGCGCAUCAAGACAAAAAAGACGACCGGAGAGUUGGGAUCAAGUCGACUGCGCUCCUGCUCGGGACGCGCACGCCGCUGUGGACCGCAGUCUUCUCGAGUGUCUAUGCAACGGGUCUGGUCGGCGCGGGGCUCUGCACUCAGGCCUCCUGGCCGUUCUUCGCGAGUGUGGCUCUCUGCUACGCGCAGCUCCUCCAGCAGUCGCGCACGAAUUUGGAUGACCCGAAGGCAUGCGGCGCCGCCUUCAAGCGGAACCACUGGGUGGGAUUGACGCUUUUCUGCGGAAUUCUCGCGUCCAAGUGGACGGAGGCAUCUCGAGAAAACUCCGCCGAGGCAGGCCAGGCCAGAGGCGACGCUGCGAGUGCAGGCGCAGCCUAG